CUUCAGAGGCUUCAAUACAAGAGAAAAAUUCGGAAAUUUUGUCGUGUUUUCGCGAAUUAAGAUAUUUUCUUCAGUUUACAAACGCAGUGCUCAUAAUGGAAACGGAAGAAACCUCUGCGGUAAAGGAGCAAACAGAUCCCCCUUCGGCUUUACCAGUAAAGGCGGAAGACGAGCCCCCGGCGAUAAAAGUAGAAGAACUUAUGAUAAACGACACUUUGGAAGCGAACGAAGAUGAACAACCCAGCACCGUUGAUGAAUCACCGGACUGUUCCGGUGUUGUAAAGCAAGAAUCGGCAAAAGACGGUAUUGAAGUCGGUAAAACUGAAGCAUCUGAGAUGGGGCCUGCAACUGUAACUGACGCUAAUGGGAAAGUUGCAAAUUCCAGUGCAAGUGACUGUGAAUCCACCGGUAAUCACCCGCCGCCGGACCAACCGACUGCUGGAAAAAAGAAAAAGAAGGCCUACUCGGAACGUGAUCUCGAAACGAGCGUGGUGGCUGUACGGGAUAAGAUAAUGUCUCUAACGCAAGCUGCGGCAAAGUAUGGAAUCCCAAAGACGACAAUUUACUUCCGGCUGAAAAAAGAAUCCACAGGCAAGAGCCGCUACGGUCCGACCACUGUGCUGUCCAGUGAGGAGGAGCAGAAAAUUUCCGCUUGGUUGCACGAGACGGCAAAGCGAGGUUUCCCCUGCACGCCGCGGGCCCUGUUCAGCACGGUUAAAGCCUUUCUGGAUAGCGCCGGACGCAAAACGCCAUUCAAGGAUAACCUACCGAGUUAUACCUGGCUCGAGUCGUUCAUGAAACGCUGUUCUGACGAAGCACGACAGUUCAUUCGGAAGCCGGAUGCUGUAGCACGCGCUGCUGCUCACGUCUCAAAGCAGGACAUUGUCAGCUGGUUUAAAGGCACAGCAAGCUACCUAGAAGAGAAACAGUUAAGUGAUAUUCUAAUAGACCCACGACGAAUCCUCAGCGCUGCAGAAACGUCCUUCGAGUGCAGUCAUGCCACGAAAGAGGUGCUGGUGGAAAAAGUGACUCGCAACGAGUGCUUAGUUCAAGAAACAGCAGACCCAACGAAAAAUGUAACAGUAUUAUUUACGUUCAGUGCCGAUGGACACAUGUUUCCAUCGGCCGUAACCGUUCCCUUCAGGCGGUUGACGAAAAAUCUAUUACAAUCUUUUCCGGAUGAUUGGAGCCUAGGAAAGUCGGCUAGAGGCUGGAUGGAUUCGGAAAAUUUCAUCGCCUACGUUCACAACACACUGCAUCCUGAACUGAUUGCACGAAAUGUUCCACUGCCGGUGAUUUGUUUUCUAGAUGGCCAUAGCUCUCCGACGGGAAUCGAUGCGGCCGUAGCGUGCGCCGCGCUGGGAAUAAUUUUAAUUGCCCUAUUUCCGAAUGCUUCCCGCCUGCUGCAGUCAUGUGAUGUAGCCAUAUUCAACCCGUUGAAAAAUCAAUGGCCUACUGUGAUCGCUGAUUGGAAGAUGAAAAACGGGGAAACAUUCUUUACGGUAGAGCAAUUUGGAGGUGCUCUUCAGAAGACCAUUCAGUGCAGUAUAACACCAUCCGUGGUGCAAUCCGGAUUUCGAAACAGUGGGCUUUAUCCCUUCGAUGAGAACGCAAUCGACUACAGUCGUUGCGUGACUGAUUCGGAGUUGAAUGGAGAUCAUUUUCAAACUUUUUUAAAGUAACAUCAUUAGCGUGACUCUAGAUUUUAAUUAGGCUUAAUUCGAAACGUGAAGCAUGAGCCUGUAUUUACAGGGACAUAAGAAUGCAUCUCCUUCGAAAAACACCCAACAGGGUCAUUGUAAAUUAAUUUAAUGACUCAUAGAUGCUCUGCUGAAGGAGCAGUUCUAUUAAUGAAAUGAACACAUAUUGACCGCAAAUUAGCCAAAACGGUCCGGUCCAAA